ACGUCGCAGGGCGUGCAGGUGAGGCGCUUCAAGACGCUGAGCGAGCUGAUCGCGCUGUACCUGCAGCCCAACCAGGGGCUGGUCUGCACCUUGCUCUUCCCCGUCGAGAGGGAGAAGGAGAAGGAGAGCGCGGAGGACAGGGAUUACUCGGAUGGCGAGGAUGAGAAGCCUCCGCUCCCCCCGCGCUCCAGCACCAGCAGCUUCUCGGGGUCCUCUGCAGGGCUCAGCCCCAACAGCCCGGGGCCUGCGGCGCCCGAUGGGGCGGCGGAGAGCACCAACGGCCUGGCCAGCAUCUCCCACGAGUACCUGAAGGGCAGCUACGCCCUGGACCUGGAGGCCGUCAAGGCGGGGGCCGGCAGCCUCCCCCACCUCAACAGGACCCUCGUCACCUCCUGCAAGCGGCUGCACAGUGAGGUGGACAAAGUGCUGGCGGGGCUGGAGAUCCUCUCCAAGGUGUUCGACCAGCAGAGCUCCACCAUGGUGACCAAGAUCCUCCAGCAGACAGCGCCGCAGAGCGGGGAGCAGGAGCUGGAAAGCCUGGUGCUGAAGCUGUCUGUGCUGAAGGAUUUCCUCUCCAGCAUCGAGAAGAAGGCGCUGAAAGCCCUGCAGGAGAUGAGCUCGGCCAGCCCGGCCGCGCCGGCGCAGCCCAUGUCCCGCAAAGCCAAGAGCAUCCCCGUGCAAACCUUCGAGGUGAAGCUGGACGUCACCCUGGGGGACCUGACCAAGAUCGGCAAGUCGCAGAAGUACACGCUGAGCGUGGACGUGGAGGGCGGCAAGCUGGUGGUGCUGAAGAAGCAGAGGGACGCUCAGGAGGACUGGAACACCUUCACCCACGACAAGAGAGGAACCAGAACUACCUGGACAUCCUGCGCCUGCUCUCGCUGGGCGACAAGCAGCUGAGCUCCUUCGACAUCUCGCUGCGCUUCACCCACCUCUUUUGGUUCGGGGACCUCAACUACCGCCUGGACAUGGACAUCCAGGAGAUCCUGAACUACAUCAGCCGCAAGGAGUUCGAGCCGCUGCUCAAGGUGGAUCAGCUCAACCUGGAGAAGGAGAAGCACAAAGUGUUCCUGCGCUUCGGAGAGGAGGAGAUCACCUUCCCCCCCACGUACCGCUACGAGCGCGGCUCGAGGGACACCUACGUCUGGCACAAGCAGAAGCCCACGGGGGUUCGCACCAACGUCCCAUCCUGGUGCGACCGCAUCCUCUGGAAGUCGUACCCCGAGACCCACGUCAACUGCAACGCCUACGGCUGCACCGACGACAUCACGACCAGCGACCACUCUCCCGUCUUCGGCUCCUUCGAGGUCGGCGUCACGUCCCAGUUCGUCUCCAAGAAAGGGCUGUCCAAGUCGUCGGACCAGGCGUACAUCGAGUUCGAGAGCAUCGAGGCCAUCGUGAAGACGGCGAGCCGCACCAAGUUCUUCAUCGAGUUCUACUCCACCUGCCUGGAGG